AUGCCGAUGCCAAGGAACGGGUCCCGGCUGAUCAAGCAGCUGCUGUUGGUGCUCAUCGGCUGCGGUGUCAUCUACUACUACACCGCUCCGAGGGGGGACAACGUCUCCGAGCCGGACCACCACCGCCCGUCGAGUCAACGAAGCCCUACGGAGGAGCCAAGAUUUUCUAAAGCCCCCGAAAACCCGCCAUCCGGAGCGAAGCCUGAUAUCAACCGGACACCGGAAACCGCAGCUCCGCCCCGAGUCGAGUUCAAGCUGGACGAUAUUACAGAUGUCCCGGACCUCAACUUGUUCUUGCCGAAGGAGUUCGCCCAUGUUCAAGGGAUCCGCAACAAGAACAACCGCGACGCGCUGCUGGCCAAGUGCCAUCUGCCGAUCUACGACCCGUUUGCCGGGGAUAUCAACAGCACCUACGAGUACAUCGACCCGACCAAGGGAUGCGACAAGAACUAUGUCCCGGCCACAAUCCUUGAGGGCGGCUUCGUGAAGGUGGCGCCGACUUGGAAGAGCCGGCAGCCGAAAUGCGAGGCCAGG